AUGCCCCCAACAAAUGCAGAAGAUUUUCAUAAGAUACAUGGCCGCGAGCCAACCCAUGACGAACUGGUGAAGAAGAUGGGAUGUGCUGGGAUCGGUCGUUACGAGCCUGGUCCGCGGCCCUACGAAGUCAUCAUCGGCAAACCGUUUCCCACGGAGCCUUCUUCUCGGGAUUUGUUCGUCUCCCAGGAAACUGCUUUCCAGACCAGCGAAGUAGUGCAUGUCAAGAAUUCCUUGGUCCAUGCCAAGGCGAAGGCGACAGCGUUGGCUAAGCGUCAACUCAACGCAGCCAAAGCUGCAGGGUAUAAUAUAUGGCCGGAAACAAACGAGGAUAGAGUCAUACACAUGGAGCAGUACUAUAUCGAUAUUCAACUUGAUGACGAGGGUAAUGCGACGAAUGUAGACGUUCGGGGGCACUCUCUUCCAAACAUCUGCGGCGAAGAGAUCAACCCUACUCCACUCACACUUCAUCAAGAUCAACACGAUCAAGUCAAGACGCACAUGAGGACUGUUCGUGCUGAUACAUCAUUCAAUUCGAAAGCCGGCACUUCUUUCUCGGUCCUGGAGCCUGGUCUCUCCCCACGAUUACCACCCGAAGAGGAAGCCGUUCGGGAACCGCCGCGCCUUCAACAGAUUCCAUCGGCCAGAUUUUCAUCACCUGGAGCUGAUCCGGUUGCCAUCGAAGAUUAUGGUUAUUUCACGCUGGUCCUGAAGAAUGACCGGAAAAAGGAGUCACCAAAGCGUACACAGACGCACAACUCGCAAAACUCCGAGUCUGCAGUUAAACUUCGCGAGGAUGAGGUUCCGACGAUUGUGGUUCGCAGAGAGAGGUUUGCGGAUGAAUUCAUCGUACACGACGCGACCGAGGCACCUCCUGAAAUACCGAAAGGGCCUAGGAAGCGCACGCCUAAUCAUCGCGAGGGGGCUAGGGGCGCGCAAGAAGCAUCGAAACGCUCCAAGACAACAGAUUCUAAUGAUGUGGGUAAUUCGCCGUACUUGCGCAUGAGGGGGAACACACAUCAGUACGAAGUUCCGUCGAUGUAUCUGGAUGCAUCCCUCCGAGGUAGUAUCGAGCGUGAUGGGAAAAGCCAACAGUCAACGAAGGAUGGAUCCCGUCAUGAGCACAGUUCCGACCCGGUACAAAGCGGACGUGCAGAUGGCCGAGCAUCUGAUCAUGAUAGCUCACGUCACACAUCACGAAUGCGGAACUCCCACAGGGACCGAAGCCGUUCGCCUGUAGAUCGACAUGGCAGCAGUCGUUAUAAAUCAAGAAGCAGGGCUCGAAAUGCAUCUAGAAAACCUUUCGAGGAAGAGCAACGACACGCACGAACAGCCAAGGUAGACCAAGAGCCCCAUACUCCACGCGCUUCAGCCUCUGGGCAUGCGGCCGACAAGAUGCACGAUAUGUUCAAACCUGAGGAAAAGACGCGCGAGGCCGCUGAUUCAUCGGUGCAAAAUGCACAGCAAGGCCAUGGCGUGGCAAAUACUCAACGCCAGGCUACCAGAAAUGCCGUGCAAGAGCUGGAUCCUGCAAAGCGCAAUGCUCAGCCCAAGAAAGAAGAAGCAGCAAGUCGCGCACGUGACGUUGAAGAUCGUCACCGACGAGAGCAGGAUAAGAUCAAGGAAGCUGAGCAGCUAGAAAAGAAGCGCCAGCUUGAGGAGGCCGAGAUCAAGCGCGCUCGCGAUGCGAAGGACCUUCAAAAGCUGGAGAGAGAAGAGAAGAAGCAAGCACGGGAGGCGGAGCGUCGUCGACAGAAAGAAGACCGAAACCACUGUCGUGAGCAAGAGCGCGCUGCUGAUCGAGACAAAGAAAAGCGCGACGGGUGCCAUGAGAUCGAUGACCCAUCCCACAGUACGCAUGUUGACGGGUAUGCACGUGAACGCGAAGCUCAGAACCGGAGACGUGAGGAAGCGUCCGGCCUGCCGGUACCCACUAACUCCGGAACGGGCCGUCGUAGUGCACGCGAGCGAUCGCAACGCCACGCCCAGGAUGCCGAGCGACGGGCGCCUGAGAAGAAGGCCGACAACAAGGUCACCAAGCGGCGACCUGAGCGGGGUGCUCGUGGUGAGCUUGAACGUUAUGAUCCACGUAAGCGGUUUGGUAGGGGAAGGUAG